AUGUCCAGCCUGUUGGUGGAUAAAGAAACCAUGUAUUACGACGACCAUAAUACGAAGUAUUAUUCACCUUCCCGUAGGACUGGAGGACCGGUUUCCUGGAUAGGCCUGACUGACGAAGGAAUGGAGGGGACGUACACAUGGACUGAUGGGACUCCAUUUGAUUAUGAUCAAUGGGAUAAUAAUGAACCGGAUGGAGCUGGCGAGAACUGCGUCGUUAUUCGCAGCGGCGGCGGAAACGACUGGCAAGAUCGCGAUUGCACUGAAACGAGGAGAUUUGUCUGCAGGGCGUCACAGAUAGCAACUGCGGGCCCACCAGGGACAGGCGGACCACCAGGAACCAGUGGACCCCCAGGAACCAAUGGACCUCCAGGAACGGGUGGUCCAUCUGGCACUGCAGGCCCACCAGGAACAGGAGGACCUCCUGGCACAGCGGGUCCUCCGGGAACAAGUGGUCCAAGGGGAACAGGCGGUCCUCCUGCAACCAGUGGUCCUCCUGGAACGGGUGGCCCUCCAGCUACAGGUGGACCCCCUGGAACCAUGGGACCACCCGGAAGUAGUGGGCCACCGGGGACUGGAGCACCACCAGGGACCAGCGGGCCACCAGGGACAGGGGGUCCGCCAGGUUCAAACGGACCCCCCGGAACAGAAGGACCUUCAGGGACAGGGGGUCCCCCAGGAUCGGGUGGUCCUCCCGGAACCGAAGGACCCUCUAGUACCGGAGGGCCUCCUGGCUCGCAAGGACCACCAGGAACGGGAGGACCCCCAGGGACAGCAGGGACAUCUGGGUCAGGGGGUCCUCCAGGUACAUCAGGACCUGUUGGCCGUGAUGGACCCCCAGGCACUAGUGGUCCUGACGGUGAACCAGGGCCAACAGGAACUGGUGGGCCACCCGGACUGAAGGGUGUUACUGGGACUGCCGGACCACAAGGAACUGGAGGCCCACCUGGAACCCGCGGACCUUAUGGCACAGGCGGUCCACCUGGGAGACGUGGCCCUCCAGGAACAAGUGGACCACAAGGCACCGGUGGGCCGCCAGGAACAGUUGGUCCCCAAGGAGCAGCAGGACCUCAAGGGACAGGUGGACCCCCAGGACUAAGUGGACCUGUAGGGGUGGUUGGUGCCGCUGGAACAGCUGGUCCACCAGGGUUAAUAGGGCCUCCUGGACCAACCGGGACGGGAGGACCACCAGGAACAGCCGGACCGAAAGGUAAGAGGGAAUGUUUGCUUUUUAUAGAGUAA